GCAUUCCUUAGCGAAUUUAGAAAUGUUGAAGCCGUCUCCUAAUGUACCGUUUGAGUCUAGAGAGAGCUACGGAUAUGUACCUGAACAUUCUCCUCCACAAAUUUUGCCAUACCCACCUCAAGGACCUCCACCUCAACAAUUCUCUGAUACAUGCUUGCUGGCACGUCUUUUAAAUCAAAACUUUCACGGCGGCUCACAUGGUAUAACGGGAUAUGCACCGCCGCAAUACGAGAGUCAUUUACCAUACUCUAGAUAUGUUCCUCCGCCGUUUCCUGGUGUUUUCCAUCAAAGUCGAGAAGCCGAUAUUUAUAAGCCGUCGUCCUCCAUCCAUCAUCAGGAUGUUGAGAUUCUCACCAAUUUCUUGACACCGCAGCCAGUACAACACGCGAGAAAUGCAUCCGAGAGAGAUUCAGAAUGCACUUUGGGUACAUUGCCCUGUAGUAACGGCGAAAGUUGUAUCUCAGAGAACCAGUGGUGUGAUGGCAGUGUGGACUGCACUGAUGCAAGCGAUGAAUCCAGAUGCAGCUGCAAGUCCAGGGUUGAUAAAUCCCGAGUGUGCGAUGGCUACUUUGACUGCCCCUUCGGAGAGGAUGAAAUGGGGUGUUAUGGUUGCAGUGAGUCCACAUUCAGUUGUCAAGACUUGGAUGUGAACUCCCAAAGCACUUGUUUCACCAAGGAGCAGCGAUGUAACAACGUCGCGGACUGUCCCAACCAUAGAGAUGAAAUGGACUGCACCAUGCUGGCACCAACACUACAUAAAACUGGUCUAUUCGCCGUAUCAAAUACUGAAGGAUUCCUGCAUAGAAAUUUCAAAGGGGAAUGGUACGCAGUGUGUAAAAACCCUUACAUGUGGGCGCACGAUGCUUGUCGUAGAGAAACCGGGCUUAUUAUAAGGCCUCCGUUCAUCCAAGUAGUGCCAAUAGACCCCAUGUUAAAGGUCAACUAUCUGAACACUGGUCAAGGUGGCAUGAUACAAAUGAGUACAACAUGCUUUAACUCUUCCGCUAUCUACGUCACAUGUCCUGACCUCCUGUGUGGCACAAGGAUCAUGUCUAAUACGCAAAUAUUGAGAGAGAAUGCAGAUGUGGAGAGCCAUUUAUUUGGACGUAACAAGAGGUUCCUCCUUGGUAACCCUUACCCUAUGAUGUUCUACAACAAUCGUAUGAAACGGCACAUAGCUGAUAUUACUGGAGAGAAGAAACAAAGGUCUUUGCAAGGAGUAGAAGAAGAGUCAAAUAAGGAAGGGAUAGAGAAAGAGUCCAAUAAAAAGAGAGAUAAGAGAACGGAGAGUAGAGUGGUGGGAGGUAAACCCAGUCAGCCGGCAGCGUGGCCCUGGAUGAUAGCAAUGUACAGAGAUGGAAUGUUCCACUGCGGAGGAGUAGUUUUGACGCAAAGUUGGGUGAUAUCAGCAGCUCAUUGCGUUCACAAGUUCUGGGAUCAUUACUUCGAAAUACGAGUUGGGAUGCUACGCCGCUUCUCUUUCUCACCGCAAGAGCAGAACCACAAAGUAACACAUAUCAUUGUAAACCAGUUGUACAGUCAAGCUGAUAUGAAGAACGACUUAUCGCUGUUGAAGGUCAAGCCGUCGAUACAGUUCAGUAGGUGGGUGAGGCCUAUAUGUCUGCCGGGCUCUGAAACCGCGGGGCCCGAAUGGCUUUGGGGGCCUCCUGCCGGUACGAUUUGCACGGCGGUUGGUUGGGGAGCUACCGUCGAGCAUGGACCAGAUCCGGAUCACAUGCGUGAAGUAGAGGUGCCUAUUUGGGGUCAUUGCAAACACCGCGAAGACAGAGCUGGGAAGGAAAUCUGCGCCGGACUAGCUGAAGGAGGCAAAGAUGCUUGUCAGGGUGACAGCGGAGGUCCGCUUUUAUGCAGAAACCCUCUUAAUUCUCAACAAUGGUAUAUGGCUGGAAUCGUAAGUCAUGGCGACGGCUGCGCGCGUAAAGAUGAACCCGGGGUGUAUACACGAGUCAGUCUCUUUGUGAAGUGGAUUAAGUAUCAUAUCUUCUCAGAAUCCUUACCGUCACUACAACCUAAGCAAGAAUGUCCCGGAUUCAGAUGUAUAUCAGGAAUAUCUAAAUGUAUUCCUUUAAAGAGAACAUGUGAUAAAAUAGUCGACUGCCUUGGCGGUGAAGAUGAAAUAAAUUGCGACAAAAUGAGAUCCAAUCAUCCAUUACACAAUUUAUUCAUGUCUACUCCAUCCAAAAUUAUAAACAGUCCAGCCAACGACUUUCAAACCAAAGGAGUUGAAACUGAGCGGACUGUGACGGUCAAAGCUUCUCGAGAGGCUGAUAAUAGUGAUACACCUGCGACAAACCCUAUAUUGCUACGGAAAAAUGAGGAAUUUAAAGUGACUACUUCUCGAGAAGUUGACAAUAAUGAUAGAGCUAUGACAAAGCCUAUCGACGCACGGACAAAUGAAAAAGUUACAGUAACGACUGAGAUAAAUACUGACGUCGAACAAUCUAGAAGCCAUCAAGAUAUGGAAACUUCGUCAUCCAAUUCUCAAAAUAGUGAAAUCGAUUUUACUAAAGCUUCAACAUUAGAAAUUUCUGCUUCAAAAAGUGUGGAAGAGUCCAACUCUCUAGAAGGACGUGUGACUGAAGAUUCAUUCAGAUCAGUAACAAGUGAAGAGAUGGAACGAACAAACCGUGGUGACUUAGCUGAUGUUUUUUCUGUAUCUAUAUCAAAAGAGUCUUUAGAAUCUAGAUCUUCAAUUCAAGAGAGUAAUAACUUUAGAGAAUCCGAUAUAAGUGAAGAUUGGACCGACCCUACAACAAAUAAACCUACAGAAUCUUCUACUAUUAGUACUGAAAGUGUCGAUAAAACAUCAAGUACAACUACUGUAACUGUAAUUGAAGCCAAAGAGUUGACUGAAAAUAGUACAGAAAAGGUUAUUCCAAAUACAACUGCAAAUAACUUGCCCAAGACUUUAGGUACCAGUGAAAACAUUGAACCAGAGUCGAAAGAUUUAUUAAUAGACCUUUCAGAAUCCACAUCUCACUCAACCAUAAUGACCUCUGAAAAACCUUUUGAAAAUGUAAAAACUUUGCCAUUUGGCGAGUUAUCAACAUCUAAACCUCUCAACGAAGAAAAAGCUAAAAUUUUACCAGAUUCAGAAAACAAUACAGUAGUAAAUAAAGUGAAGGAUAUUAUAUCAUCUGUUUUGAAACCUGCAAAUAUGAAGAAGAAACAUUCUGUACCUAUGAAAUUUGAAUGUAGGCAUAUUAGCCAAAUAGUACCUUACCACCAACGAUGCGACCGCAAGGCGGACUGUGAAGAUGGUACGGAUGAACUGGGGUGUACUUGCAUUGAUUAUCUGUCUCGUUUCGACAAAGCACUGCUCUGCAAUGGUGUUUUUGACUGUGCUGAUGGGCAAGAUGAACUUGAUUGUUACACGUGCAAUGAAGAUCAUUUUCUGUGCAAAAGAAGUCAACAGUGUGUUCCCAGAAAAUAUGUUUGUGAUGGAAAACCACACUGUCCCUUGGGUGAAGAUGAAAUGGACUGCUACGCCCUAACGAAUGGUCAGAGUAUUGUAGUAGAUUUUGACGGUAGACCUAGAGUAAGUCUGCAAGGUUUUCUAACAAAGAAACAUGAUAAUGAUUGGCACGUGGUUUGCAACGAAAAAAUGAGUAUAGAACAAGAAGAAACUGCAGCGACGCAUAUUUGCCACUAUUUGGGAUUCAGUUCCGCAAACAACUAUCGUGUUAAAUAUGUCAAUGUUAGAGAAGAAGAAUUACUAAAAGCGAAAUCAGUUAACGAGCUAAGAAACAAGAGGAGUACACAAGAACAUAUUCCCGUACAUUUUGCCUUUAGACGAGUCGAGGAAGAUACUGCGCGGCAUUUAAUUAUAGAAGAGCCUGAAUUUUUGAAAGAGCACUGUGUUCCAAAUGUGACUAAGACAUGCGCUUCUCUGUAUGUUUAUUGCAAUCAGGCGCUGUUUACAAACAAUUUUGACAUGCCCAAUGAAAUACUUUUCUCUCGAGAAGCAGAAGUUAAGACACAUAUGUGGCCUUGGGUAGCUAAGGUAUACGUCGAUGGGGAUUAUAAAUGCUCCGGAGUUUUAAUCAAUUCUACUUGGGUAUUGGUUAGUCACUCUUGUCUGUGGGAUACCCUAUUAAGCCACCACCAUUUGACUGUGGCUCUUGGGUCACACAAGACUUUGGAUCAUUCGAAAGGGAUGUUCGAGCAAAUAUACAAUGUAGAUACGAAGCAGGACUUGUAUCGUAGUAAGGCAGAGCUUUUGCAUUUGAAGGAUCCUGCUCAAUAUUCUAACAUGGUGAAACCGAUGGUCGUUCCUCCAGAACAAGACGAUAAACCAGAGAUCUGUCUGGCCAUAGGGCAAGAUGAGAACAAUAACACAGUAGGACUAUUUUUACAAGAAGUUUUUGAGCGAUGCGAUCUACAUUUGCGUUGUUUUGAGAAGAUGGAUAAGGAUAAACUUUGUCCUGAAGGUAUGAGCAGUCGGCAGCCGUGGGCAGGGAUCAUCAGCUGUCACACGGACCAGGGGUGGUUCCCAGUUGCCUCCUUCGUGGACAGCCGAGGGGAGUGUGGUGUUGGCGACCGCAUCGACGCUACCAGUAUAGACGGAUUGAGGAACGAAAUGAAACGGUUCAGCGGGCAAGCAAGAUCGGAGUCGUCAGAAAUGCACUCAGCAUCUAUCUGCGACGGCGUUCGGUGUGGUCGUGGUAGGUGCAUCCCAAUGGCUGACGUCUGCGACGGGAUAAUGCACUGUGAAGACCAGAGGGAUGAACUCGAAGACGCUUGUCAGAUGAAGAACGAGCUGUGUGGCAAGAAACCAUUCCAGGCAGGAUGUCAAUGUUCGACAGGACAACUGAAGUGCCACAAUGGGAAGUGCGUCGCCAAAGAAUUAUUCGGAGACGGCAAUGAUGACUGUGGUGAUGGCACUGAUGAGCCCUCCACAAUGUCCUGCAGCCACUAUCUGGCUAGGGUGGAGCCUUCAAGGUUGUGCGAUGGUGUGCUCCAUUGCAAAGACAGAAGCGACGAGGACCCGAUGUUCUGCAAAUGCUUCGCUAAGAAGAACUACAAAUGCACCAGCAAUCCGAGUACUGUAGACCUGUGUGUGGCUCCCGACGUGGUCUGCGACGGGGUCAACGACUGUCCCAACGGAGAUGAUGAGAAAACCUGCAUGGCGCUUAGAGCUCCGGAAGGAACCACGUACGGCACAGGAGAGGUGAUAAUCCGAUCUCAUGGCGUUUGGCACACGAAAUGUUAUCCCACCCAGCACCAUACGAAAUCAGAACUCGAAGCUAUCUGCAGGCAACUUGGGUUCAUCAGCGGCCAUGCAAAACAGCUGACUGCACCAAAGUCGAUGACCCCUCCUUUCAACAGUAUAUCUCUAGAUCCAUUCCAUGAAGUUACUCUCAACAACCAGACCAAAGUUGACAUCAGAAAUACCAAUGAGCCGUUAGCAAAAGGCAUAUUUGAUACCACCCUUGAAAAUUGCUAUCCAGUUUACAUAGAAUGUCUUUGAUGACGAAUAACAUUUAAGUAAUAGUUUAUUUACUAGUAAAAGAAAAUUUGUGUUUUUAAUUUA